CCCGCGAUGGCCCGCGCCUCUGCUGGUAUUGGGGCGCCGGAUGCUCGCCCGGAGGAGGACUCCUGCAACAUCCUGUCCUCCUUCGACAUGGACCAUGACAUGCUCGACUGGGAGCAGACUGUCGCCAUCGCCUGGUCCGUCAACUCGUCACGGUGCCUUGAGGCGCUUGACGUCGACCGCACCAUCCGAAAGCAGUUCCGUUUGAGCCACGCGGACGUGGCCGUCACUCCGUACCACCCCAUCGAGUUCCUCGUCAAGUUCAACCACAAGGCACAUUGUGACGAGACCCUCGCUGCGGGGCGGGUGCGCGCUGGCGGUGGCAUCGUCCACAUCCGCCCCUGGCGGCCGCUGGAGUGGGCGGUUGGCGCGGCUUUCAACUACAGAGUGCUUCUCUGCCUUGAGAAUGUGCCAGACUACGCCUAGACUCCGUUCGUCACCGAACGCAUCAUCGGCCGACGUUGCUCCCUCGACCGUCUCGAAGACCACUCCGCGCUCAGGACGAACUCGGAGACGCUCGACCUUUGGGCGUGGACGGCGGACCCAAACCUAAUCCCGAAUAUCAUUUGGCUCACUUUCACCAUGAGGCCGUCCGGCGGUCUGCAAGUGUUUGCCAAUGAGGCCAGGCCGUCCGGUUGCAAGAGAGGCGCCACCUUCCACGUGCUGGUCCAUCUCGAUGCGGUGGAAGACCAUGCCAACGCCCCACUGGACUGCUACGUCACCGACAGCUACGCCGCCCCGUUCAGCCCGCCUCGGACGGACCUGGUGUGGAACCGGGGAUCUGUUGAUGGCAUUCCCCCGCCGCUCGGGGCGACGCUGGCCGCGCCUGCUCCGAUCAUCACCUCACAGCCGCUGCGCCUCGCCGUCGUGGCCAGGGGACCGACAACCACCCACGCCAGCUGCCCCGGCGCCGCAACGUCGGCGACGACUGGCACGGGGCAGUGGAAGAGAUGGGCGCGGGCGCGAUGGCCGUGCCAGGGAGACCUGCAUGGAGGUGCACAAAGAGUGCACCCGUUCACCCCGUCGUCGGGACGGGGCGGAUGGACGACACGGACGACACCGGGCGGGGUCUCCUGCCACUGCGGCGCCGGUCUCUCCGGCGUCGGGGUUGGGCACGGGUGCCUUCAGUCAGCUUCGCCCGGUGGCCUCUGACGGCGGGCUGCAGUUCGAAGGGCAUGCUCGGGCGCUCCAGGACGAGAUGGCCUUGGCGCUCGACGCGGCUCUCGCUCCGCUACGCUCCGAGUUCUCUGCCAUGCGUCGUACGCUCGUCAGGCUCGUCAACAAGGCAGAGGGGCUCUUCUCCAAGUUGGGCUCGCCAGUGCGUGUCGUCAGCCUACCCCCUCCGGCGGUGUAUGGAGGCUUUGGGGUAGACGUGGAUGUGGUUCUUCCCCUCGCUGCCAGCCUGGCGGGACUGGCGCUCACCUCGGCUCGGGUGUCGGUGUCAAAACCAGCAGAUCUUGGAUAGGGGGUCUCGAACUGUGCAUUUAAGGUCGAUAGUAAUAGAAGACUGGGGACACAAUUUUUACCCAA